AUGCCUGAAAUAUCUAUAGGGGUCCCUCAAGGCCCGUCAAUCGAGGACUGCGACGCCGAUGAAGAAUUCUACUCGUGCGGCUGGUGCGAGCCCAGCUGCUCGGAGCCCGAGCCGGUCUGUCCUCUCAAGGUCUGCACGCGAGGCUGCCUCUGCAGGCCACCGCUGCUGAGGCACAGGAGCGGGCACUGUGUGGAGAAGAAGGACUGUCUUGGACAGAAAUGUCCCCCGAACGAAGAGUACGUAUGCCGCUACGGCUGCGAGGCGCGCUGCGGGAGACGCGCGUGUGUCGUGCGUCCGCGUCGCUGCCGGCUGGCCUGCCACUGCACGCAAGGGCUGCUGCGUGACCGAACCGGCGCCUGCGUCAAGCCGGAUCAAUGUGAUUAA